ACGUAAAAUUGGUAACACUUUUUGGAUGAAAAACAGAGAAAGUGAUAUGGGUAUUAUCUCUCUUUGUCUCUUCCAUGCAACCUUUCCUCUAAAGCGAAGAUAGCUAUAUAUAGAGAACUCUCAUGCCAAUAAAGGAAAUUGUAUAGCUACCAAGUCUAUAUGGAGAAAAGUAAAAGCAGAGCUGUAAGAAAAGGUGCAUGGACAUAUGAAGAAGACAAGUUACUCAAAGCUUGUAUUGAAAAGUUUGGUGAAGGAAAAUGGCAUUUAAUUCCACAAAGAGCAGGAUUGAAUAGGUGCAGGAAAAGUUGUAGAUUUAGAUGGUUAAACUAUGUAAAGCCUACUAUCAAUAGAGAAAGUUUUUCUGAGGAUGAAGUCGAUAUGAUCUUAAGGUUACACAAACUUCUAGGAAAUAGAUGGUCAUUAAUUGCUGCAAGGCUUUUUGGAAGAACAGCUAAUGAUGUGAAAAAUUAUUGGCACACACAUUUACGCAAGAAGAUGGUUUCAAAAAACAUAGAAGAAAAGAAAGAAAAAGAAAAACUUAACGAAACCAUGAAUGCUCAUGAAGUUAUUAAACCUCAACCUCGAACUGUCUCAUCUCAUUCACCAUGGCUGAAUGGAAAACAAAUUGUGAAACCAACAGUGGCGGUUUCCACAAAAGAUGCUAGUGUUGCGAGAAAUAGUGACAUAGAUGCUAAGUGGUGGGAAAGUUUGUUGAACUUGAGCAAUGACAAAAUUGGCUCAUGCUCUUUAUUACAAGAGGAUAAAAACUUUUUAAUUGAAGGUCCCAGUACUGUUGGUGAUUGCCAUUGGGAUUCUAAUCUUUGCGAAUUUGACUCUCUUUUAGAAAUUUUAAAUAUUUGAAUCUCAUUGUAUGCAGUAAGAUCUUUAAAUCUAAGUUCAAAAUGUUGUGUUCUAAAUUUAGUGAAGUUGUUGUUGCUGCAUGUAAUCAGACAUCUUAUUAGAGUUUGUGAAAGGUAACAAAUUAUUAUAAAAA